AUGUUUAGUUCAAAUACCGAUGUUUGCAAAGAUUCGCAAAAUGAAUUAUCCGUCACAGAAUAUAAGGAAAUUACCAAGUUAACUAGUUCAACUGAGUUUACGAAACGCAAAUUAUUUCCAUUGGCAGCGAAUGAAAUGAUAAAUUUGUAUAACAGGGAUCCCCUUGUCCAACUUGACCCUAGGAAAUGUUGUAGCGAAAUUAAUAAUUUUAGUGUAGAAGAGAUUCUUUACAACUUUGCUUAUCUGGACUUCUGGCAAUCCAUCAAUCACAAGUCACAAUAUACACUGGACAGUCCUCAAUCAAUUAUCAAUGAUAAAGUAUAUGAACAUGAAAUCCACAGCUCACACAAGCAUGAUAGUGGAUUGAUAAAAAACGAAUCGCAAACAGAUGAAACUCAACCAAAUACUAAAAUUGACACAAUGUGUACACUUGAUCACUCAAUGAAAUGUGUAUCAUGCGGACGCAGUUGUCGAUAUUUGAUGUAUAUUUUGAUACCUCCUAUUACCAAUGGAAAUUUAUCACCAAUUUCCUCUAAUUGUGACCUGAGCGAGUGUAUUUGGUGCCCUAAAUGUUAUAGCUCUGGUCGAAUCCCUCCUUCGCUAUCAAAGAAUCAUUUUUCAAUGGUACAAAUACCAUUCGAAUUUGCAGACAAGAAUUCAAUCCCAUGGACACAAUAUCAGAUACAGUUGUUAAUAGAAGCAAUUGGGACAUACACUGACGACUGGGAAUCAAUUGGUAAAUAUGUGGGCAAAUCUCCACAUGAAUGCUUACUGAAAUUUUCACAAUUGCCUAUUGAAGAAUUGGUAAAUAAGGGAUCUUCAUUUGACACAACUUACGAUCCUGUUGUAUUUGGGAAAACUCCAAAUGAAUUCCUGGCAUACCUAGCAUUUAUUUCUAACUCAUUGAGCCCUGUAAUCUCGUCUGGCGGUGCCAAAGCGGCAUUGGAAAUUUUGUUAUCAGAUUCAAAAUUUGACCAAGUACCUACAAAUAACACAAAUACCUUAAAUAACAACAAUGAGCCUAUGUUUAGGCACGAAACCUUCAAAAUUGCCUGCGAUGCGGCCAAGCAGUCCAUACAGAAAAAUGCACAACUCUUAGCUGAUCUGGAACAUUUGGAAAUCCAAAAACUGCUUAAAAAUAUUUAUGACUUAGAAAUUCAAAUUACUGCAGUGCAAACAGAAAAAUUUGAGGUGUUGGAGCAGAAAUUGCAUGAAUGUACCAAAACGAUGGCAGAUUUGUUGAUCACAAAAUCGUAG